AGAAAAGGUUUGUGCCUUUGUGGAGCAGCAGGCGGCGGGCAAAAAGGUUGUCAAGAACCAAAACCUAAAGUGAGUCAAUCCUUGAUUGACUUUGUUAAAAAGUGUGCCGACUCGAAAGACAAAACUCAGCGAAAGCGACUAAACUCACAAGACGACGGUUGCGUUUGGACGUUUUGGAUUGUUGCUCUCGGCAAGCUUUUCCCGCUCGGACAUUAACACAAACACUUCGCCUGCAACAAGGAGUUGACAAAGAUUGGCAAAGGAACGUAUAUAUGGAGAAGAGAAUGAAGUACGUGUUGGUGACUGGAGGCGUGGUGAGUGGGCUAGGCAAAGGCGUCACAGCUAGUAGUAUAGGUGUCGUCCUCAAAGCUUGCGGCCUUCGCGUCACCUCCAUCAAAAUUGAUCCUUAUCUAAACAUGGAUGCUGGUACCAUGUCUCCUUUUGAACAUGGAGAGGUGUUUGUUCUUGAUGAUGGAGGAGAGGUUGAUUUAGAUUUGGGUAACUAUGAGCGGUUCCUGGAUUUGAGGCUUACUAGAGACAACAACAUCACCACCGGAAAGAUUUAUCAGUCUGUACUUGAGAAGGAACGUAAAGGCGAUUAUCUAGGCAAGACAGUUCAGGUUGUUCCUCACAUAACAGAUGCUAUUAAAGAUUGGAUUGAAUCAGUUGCUGUCAUCCCUGUUGAUGGAAAGGAGGGUCCAGCAGAUGUUUGUGUGAUUGAGUUAGGGGGAACUGUAGGUGAUAUUGAGUCGAUGCCAUUUAUUGAGGCUUUGCGACAAAUAUCCUUUUCUGUUGGACAAGAUAAUUUUUGCCUCAUCCAUGUGAGCCUCAUACCUGUGCUGGGUGUUGUUGGCGAGCAAAAAACUAAGCCUACACAACAUAGUGUCCGGGAGUUGAGAGCAUUAGGUUUGACGCCACAUCUGUUGGCAUGUCGUUCUGCACAGCCUUUAUUGGACAGUACCACGGAGAAACUUUCUCGGUUUUGCCAUGUUCCGGCUGAAAAUAUUCUCAAUAUUCAUGAUGUUCCAAAUAUUUGGCAUAUUCCUCUGUUACUGAGAAACCAAAAUGCGCACUAUUCUAUUUUAGAGCAGCUGAACUUGCACGGCAUUGCUACACCUCCCAAGUUACAGUCUUGGACCAAGAUGGCUGAGACAUUUGACAAUAUCACAGAUUCUGUAAGGAUCGCGAUGGUUGGGAAGUAUGUUGGCCUGACAGACUCGUAUCUUUCUGUUGUGAAGGCCCUUUUGCAUGCUUGCAUUGCUUGUUCAUUGAAGCCAGCAAUUGACUGGAUUGCAGCUUCGGAUCUUGAAGAUGAUAGUGCCACAUCGGCACCUGAAGCUCAUGCUGCUGCCUGGAGUACUUUGAGGAAUGCAAAAUGUGUUUUGGUUCCUGGUGGAUUUGGAGAUCGUGGUGUCAAGGGAAUGAUAUUGGCUGCCAAGUAUGCUAGAGAGAACAAGGUCCCUUAUUUAGGGAUUUGUUUGGGCAUGCAAAUUUCAGUCAUUGAAUUUGCUAGAUCUGUUUUGCGUCUGGAAAGAGCAAACAGCGCAGAGUUUGAUGACCAGACCCCCAAUCCCGUUGUAAUUUUCAUGCCUGAGGGUUCAAGAACCCAUAUGGGAAGCACGAUGAGACUAGGUUCUCGGCGAACUCUAUUCAAAACCCCCGAUUGCAUCACUUCAAAACUGUACUGUAAUCCAGAGUAUGUGGAUGAACGGCAUCGGCAUAGAUAUGAGGUAAACCCAGAGUUGAUCGAACUUCUGGAAGAAGGCGGCCUAAAAUUUGUUGGGAAGGAUGAAACAGGAAAGCGUAUGGAGGUUUUAGAGCUCCCGAGCCAUCCGUUCUAUGUGGGAGUGCAGUUCCAUCCAGAAUUCAAAUCCCGGCCUGGGAAGCCUUCAGCUCUAUUUAGAGGCCUAGUUUUGGCAGCAACAGGACAGUUGGAAGCAUAUCUUAACAGGCACAGCAACGGAAGUUGAUAUUCAACUGCCACCAUCUUAUUGUUGCAGAAUCGUUCUUACAAGGGGAACCGUAUUUCACUAUUUUGGGAGGAUAGAUACCUAGCAAACACUUGCUUUAAGUGAUAUACACAUGGCAGUGUGAUUUUGUUGUAUCCGCGUUGCUCGGAUUUUUAGUCAGCCAUUAAAUGUAGGCAGGUUGGCCGUAGAUUUUUCCUUGUUUGACAAAGUAUUGUACACAAGAUCGAAAAAAACCCAAUGCAUCUUAUGGGUUUACUCAUUAAAAUAACGGUAUAGCUUUUACAGCUGUUUCUUUU